AUGUCUUUAACACCACGGACAUCCCUCCCUAGGCAGCGCCGCCACGACUCGCCCGCUCACGCGGUACGGAACGUGGCGGACACGGAGGGCGAUGUAAGCGAGGUCGAAGAGUUAUGCUACGACACAGACGAGCACGAGGAGAUCCCCGACGAUAUAGCGGCUACGUCGAGGGAGACUCUCUAUCUCCAAGACGAGCAACGCAACAAGGUUAACCAUGCCUUAGGCGACCAUAAACUCCGGUGCGACGACUUUACUAAGCGGGUUAUGGACCCCGAGUUCGACGGGCCACGCGCGCUCGAGUACCUCCAGCGUCGAUACACACUCGACUACGGUAGCAAGAGCUGCCAUAAGAAUAAGAAGACGCGUCUAGGACCUGCGAGCAAGGACGACGACUACUACCCGAAAUUCUACCUCGAUUUCCUAGUGACCAUCUCCUUCCGUAACUGGAGUGCCUCGUAUAGCGACAAGCACGGCGCCGACCUUGGCUUCGACUUGGAACAACGUACCUUUCGAUUCGCUACCGCCGGAACACGUGAUGCCUGGUUUAUCGUGAUGCAUCCGAGGCAAGCGGUGCCUAUGCCUAGCACGACGCGCGACAGGGCCCGGCGUAGUACCGCACUGUCCCGCCGCCACGCCGAGUUACUCGGGGAGUAUAUAAAGCAGCCUACGUUCAUACUCGACCACAACGACGACCCCUUCUGGUCCGAAAAUCAGCCGGCUUUCCACGCAUACGACUACGGCGCGAACAUUGAGAUUGAAGCUACGUCCGAACUCUGGAGCAUCCCGGCGAUCACGCGGCUACGGGCACCCGACGAGAGCGAGUACGAAAGCGAGGACGAGAGCGAGGACGAGAGUAACGACAGCGGUCACAAUCAUACAAACCACGCGAACGAUCUCGAUCACGACACGAACUCCCGUUCGCAUCAUAGCAGUACCCCGGCCCCUAAUAUAGCCCAGGACGACCAAGGCAGCACACCGAGCCCGACCCUUAGAGUGAUUGACUCGUUAUGCAAGCAGCUCGGGGAGAAGUACAGCCCCGCGAGCAUCGAGUCGAUCUCGUACGCGGUCGCCGUGAAUAUCCACUACGCGACGGAGGACAGCGGCGUGGACCAGACGCUCUGCCUCCUCGCCGACCGGAACCGCGUGGCUAGAGAGUAUAGGGGCACCCGCGACUAUACCUUCUACCCAAUGGCGUUCCACCCGGCAUACGGGAACUUCUCGUCUCCCGAACCGCCGGCAUUCCUCGACAACAAGCUCUUCGCCAUCAUACAAGAUAACAUAAGCUACGAGAACGAUGGCGGCGACGUCGUCUCGUUCGGGUUCUUCCAGGCAUACUCGAACCUGAAGCGCACGUUCCGGCACCGCGCAGACGACCUCCUCGCGAGCCAGGGCGUCGCCACCGCCGCUCUAACAGUGCCCCGCAGCGACGGCGAUGCUACGCCCCACGACCGGCAGAGCUCUAUCCCCUUUACCCGUGAGGCGAGGCGCGUGCAGGCGGCGCUCGACCAGGACGAGUUUGCCUUCCGCCUCGAGCAGGUGGUGACGGUGCGCCUGACCCAGCUCGUCCCCGAGCGGCGCACGUUCCCCCGCGUCCUCGAGCCUAUCGGCCAGAUCGCCCAGUACUUCCUCGCCGAGAGGGAGGACUACCUAGCGAUCCUUCGCCGCUUCCCCCCGACCGUCUUCCCCACAGUCCUCGUCGCCUUCGCCCGCCUCUUCUACCUAGCCCUCGAGGAAAUGAGGAAGAGGUUCGAGGACGGCUGCCGCCAGGGCCUCGGACUCGCCCUGUCCGAGGGCACGGCGGCUCUCGAUAGGCUCGGAGCCUUCUGCUUCACGGGAGACCCGCGCGUGCUGCCGGUCCGCGUGUUCCGGCCCCUAGGGACGAUGCAGAGCCUCCGCCAAGGGGCGUGGCCGUUUAUCGACCCCGCCGCGCUCGACCUACAGAAGCCGGCCGGCUCGAUCCAUAUCCAGACGUGGCCCAAGCGCGACGGUCGGCCCCUCCUGCUGCACUUCGCGGAGCUCGGGGGCCGCAACAUUAACGGCCUCUCGGCCGCGUCGACCUUCCUAAACGACCUAUUCACCGACUUAUGGAUACAAGAGACACGGACAUUCAUAGCCACCGCGCGCCACCGCGCACUCCGGAAAGGCGCGCGCUCGGGCAGGCGCAGCCCCGCGGACGAGCCCACCAUCGCCCUCCGGGCGUGGGAGCGGUGCGACGACCCGUUCUCCUGGAGACAAUUCGUCUCCCUCGACCUCGACUCGACGCCGCCGGAGAAGAUCCGCAAUAUAACCCGAGACGACCUUGCGCGGGAUCUCUAUAACGCCCUCACCAACGAUAACAAACGGUCCGCCGGUCCCUUCGCGCAAAAAUACGCGACGUGGCCCGCUAUACUCAAGGCGGCCCUCCAGCAUACCGACGUCAACGCUAUCGCGCUCGCCAUACGGCGCAGCGACAUCGAGUGGUGCCCGGGGCAGCACGGGACCAGCAUCACCUACAAGCAUGUUAUACGUCUCCAAGGGAGCACGCGGCCCACACCCGCGCUACCGUAUCGUAAAGGGAGCUCUAAGCGCGCCGCGAUCGAGGCCGAGCACAGGAUCCUCGAGGGUAGCGUCCGGAAGAGGGCGCGCCGGCCGACGAUCAGUUUCAACCAGCCAAUCCCGUUCACUUACGUGCCGACGACAGUCAUCGCGGGCUUCAAGAUAGCCUUUCGUCGUGCGGAAACUGAGGCGAUCAAAGGGCACUACCAGCUAGCGCUCGACACGCUCACGUCCUGCCUAGGCGAGCCUAUCUACGACUUAAUGCUCAUGAUCGCGCUCACCCAUGCGGCCUCAACAGAGACGCCAUAG